GGCUCGCGGCUCUGCGCGGCCGGCGCCGGCCCCAGCUCGGCGGCCACUCACCGCUCACGCGUCCAUGUGUGGCCACAUAGUUAUCUGUCUACAUCCACGCCGGGGCAUUUUUUCUCCUGCUUAAUGAGGACUUGACUCGGGAACGAGUGUGAAUCAUUGCCGGGGCUGGGAAAGGAGGAAGGCGGAUUUAACCCCCUCCCACCCCGCUCCAUGUCCGUGUGUCACUCGGCUCCGUCCACCUGGCGCGGCCGGUCCUGGGGCUGCUGCUGCUGCUGCUACUGACGACGACGACGACGACGACAACGACGACGGGGACACGGGCUGCCGGCUGUCCUGAGAGUUUCCUCGCUCCGGCCACUGGGCUCCUGGGGAUUGUUCUUCGCACAAGAACCUGGGCCAGGCGGACACUUGAGCUCCGAAAUAACUUCAUUUUUCUAAAUUGUUUUGGAAAGCACAUCUCGAACCAAUCAGGAUUGUGAAGAUUUUUUUUUUAAUUUCGAAAACUUGAAGACUUUCUGAUCGUGUGUGUGUGUGUGUGUUUUCGGCGUCACCCAUCGGGUCUCUAUCAAACCGGCAAGAUGUCCAGUAAUGUCCCGGCGGAUAUGAUUAAUUUGCGCCUCAUCCUGGUGAGCGGAAAAACAAAAGAGUUCCUGUUUUCUCCUAAUGAUUCUGCUUCUGACAUUGCAAAGCAUGUGUAUGACAACUGGCCAAUGGACUGGGAAGAAGAACAGGUCAGCAGUCCAAAUAUUCUGAGACUUAUUUAUCAAGGACGAUUUCUACAUGGAAAUGUCACAUUAGGAGCAUUAAAACUUCCUUUUGGAAAAACAACGGUGAUGCAUUUGGUGGCCAGAGAGACAUUGCCAGAGCCAAACUCUCAAGGUCAGAGGAAUCGUGAAAAGACUGGAGAGAGUAACUGUUGUGUAAUCCUGUAAACGCUGCCUGCCUAGUGGGGAGUGAGCUGUCUUUCUUUCGUGCUGCUGGGAAAGAGGAGACCCAGCAUAGCUUCAGAAACCUUUAGGAGCAGUCUGUCUGCACAUCCAUGGGACUGAAUUACUCAUGAACACUGACAUCUUUUCUCAUGAAGUAAAAAACCAAGAACAUUUUUCACUAUGAUUUUGUAUUUCUUGUAUUUUUGUUUAAGCUGAGCAGUUUUAAAAUAUAUUGGUUUUUGAAUGCAGUCAAUCUCCAGGGGAAAAGUUAACAAGUUAUCUUUCACAGCAAAAAUUAUUUUGCCACCACACCAAUUUUCAUCACCAGAACAAACAAAUCAAGUGUCCCAAACACAAUUUGCACUAAAAAAGAUUGGCAUUAUUUUCCUCAUCAGCAGAAUUUAUAAGAGUUUCUGGUACCUAGAAAUACUCAUAUACACAAUUCCACACUGGAAGACACCCAGCAAUUGAUGAAGUCAGUGAUUGGGCCAGCUCAAGAGGGAAUAAAUGAAAAAGAAACUAAAAUGUUGGGCAAGUUCUACCAAAGUCAGCCAUGUUGGCUGCACUGGCCCAAACUAUUAAGCUGAGUGUGACUAUUUUCACUGCAACAAAUGAAAAAAUAAAAUGUGCCUGUUGUUUUAAGCACUCGGUAGAGGGCUGAUUAAAACUGGUUUUCUUCUUGUACCACAUCCUGCACUCUUGAGUCCUCAGUGGCUGAGUGCUCAUCAGACAGCACAGCAGGGGUGAGAGUGCGUCUCUAGCCUUAAUGUGGGAGGGUGCCAGUUGCCGGAGGCUUUCGCUGUGCUGAAACAUCCGAAAACCUCAGUGACUGAUCAUUUUAUGUGUUUGAAUAUAGAAAACUGAAAUUUUCCAUAAUCAUCACUCAUUCAUAAUUGUGUCCUGCAUUGUGCUUACUCACUAGAGUUCAAAUGAAUUCUGAAAUUAAAAAAAAAAACCUCCAUUAAUACUAACUUCCUUUCUUUAUGUAGUUUGUGUUGGGUGUUAGUGCUUGCAAUCAAAAUCAAAAGCAGAUUUUCAAGGCAUACAUGAUGAAGGAUGCCACUCUUUUAUUUUAUACCAAUAAUUUAAUGAUAUGCUAAAAUCAAUUUGCACAGCACUAAAGCAUGAGCUAGUUUCAUCUAAACCUGUAAAAAAUAUGAAAGAUUUUAUAUAUUUUUCUCUGGGAAGACUUCUUCCUGGAUGAAAUUACAAAUAUAUGUAGAAUAUAUUUAAUAAAAGACUUAUAAAAUGCCUAACUAUAGAAUAUAGAUUGGCGUGUAGAAUAUAGAACAAUACUCCAUAUAAAUAACUUUAGCCUUUUUAAAAUUGAAGUUGCAGGCUGACAUUAUGUUCUAUACUUAAUAAGUGUUCUUGGCCCUUAAAAAUGUGUAAAUUUGUUCAAAUGGUCAGCUUUCUUUAAAUGCAUUCAGGUUAUUUUAUUCAUUGUUAAUGCUUUGAUGAAAAGGCUUUAUAUGCAGUAGAUCUACGAAAAUAUUGUUCAUACUGAUCAGAAUUAAAUUUGUAUAGAGCAGAGUUUUAAAAUGAAUGUAAAUAGCACUAAACAUUUUCUUUCUGCAACCUGUACUUAUAGAUCCUUUGUGUAAACUAAAUAAAAAAUUAUUGUAGUGCA